CUCCGUGAGCGUGGCAGCUGUAUCUCUGAAGAUGGCAAGCUUGAAUCGUGUUUUAAUAUGGGUCAAGGCAGAGUCCAUGAAGCCAUGGACUUGGAGAUUUUUUCUGAUGAAGGUGAGCGCAAAGAUGGGCAAGGCAGGUUUUUUGGACCCAGUGUGGGUUAUGGCGAAAUCCCCAUGGAACCUUUGAAGGAGCUUAAUCACGGCAAUAGUGUUUCAAGCGAUUCAAUUGAUGGGUGUGCUCUACCUACUCGUGGCUGCACUGGAGAUGGAGUGGGGGUUACUUCAGCUCAAGCUGAUCAUGCCGCCGAGCUUGGGACAGAUGAGAGUCAUGCUGAGGCGGAGCGGAUGGAAUUUGAGGGUGAAGGCGAAGCCGCUACCUUUUGUUGAUAAGUGUUUCUUCUUUGAUCUCCAAUAUCAUUAUGAAUAUAAUAGUAUGGAAUUGCAGGGGUGCUUCGAAGCCCUCUUUUCUGAAACAUGUUAGUACGUUGGUCCACAAUCAUAAUCCAGCUAUAAUGGUUGUAAUGGAAACUCGAAUUGGGGGUGAUCGGGCUAAGCAGAUCACUGAUAGGAUGCCAUUUGACGGAGCCUAUCAUACAGAGACUAUUGGGUAUUCUGGUGGCCUUUGGAUGCUCUGGAGCUCGGAUAGAGUUGAGGUUACACCUCUGUCAAGCACUGAGCAGGAGAUUCAUGCAGUAGUUAAGGAAGCUACUAUCCUGUUUUCAGCAAAUUCAGAUCAAGCACUGCUACCGGCAAGCUAACAGAUGUGCAGACUUGUUGGCCAAAAUGGGAGUGGA